AGUUUAACGUUCAUUGGAUCGGGCUCGAUGGUUGAUUGCAAAAAUGGAAGAUGCACGUGUGCCGUGCUCAGUACAUAUUUGCUCUUUUCCUGGUUGUUCAAAAACUUUUAGUCGACCAAACAGAUUGAAAAUUCAUAUAAGGUCGCACACUGGAGAGAAACCAUUUGUGUGUGAAGAAGAAAACUGUUCAAAGCAAUAUGCUCGUGCAGAACAUUUGAAGAGACAUCAUGAAAAAUGUCAUCAAAAGUUGGAAAGUCCAACCAAAGUCAGAUGCAAAGAAGCAGGCUGCGGAGAGUCUUUUUCAACAUUUACUGCACUGAAGAAACACAUUGUGAGGAUUCAUAAAUUAAGACCAUAUAAGUGCUCAUACACGGGAUGCAGAAAGGCAUUUCAAAAGCACCAGCAUCUGAAGGUCCACGAGUUUGAUCACACCCACGUCAAUCCUUUUGUCUGUCCUGUGGAGGGUUGUGGAUUAAGCUUCAGAUGGCCAAAUGUUCUGAAAAGGCAUUCCAAAGUUCAUGAAGGGUAUCCUUGUGAUGUGGAGGGAUGUGAUAUGGUCCUUAAAACAUGGACACUUUUAAGAAAACAUAAGACGCAUCAACAUGGUAAAGUUUUCGAGUGCAAGGAAUGUGGUGCCUCAUUCAGACAGUCUAAUAUGUUUCAUCAACACAUGAAAACUCAUUUAAAGGAGCGAACUUUGCUGUUUUGUCCACGUGAGGGGUGUCAGAGAUCUUACAUGGACAAGAGAAAUCUAACGGCUCACAUACGGUGUUUUCAUGAUGGACAGAAGUUGACAUGUGAUAAAUGUCAGAGGCAGUUUUCUACCAAACAAAAGUUAAAGCACCACAGGAAGAUCCAUGACCCAUCUUAUCAACAGCCAGAGCGUAAACCUCGACUGAAUGUCCACAGGAAGAAAUCAAACCUAGAGAGACUUACAGGGUGUAAAAGAGGAGAGGACACAGUGGAGAGAACACAAGCAGCAGAGAUAAUGGAGUAUCAAUCGGUGGACACGGAAGACGCCAAUCUGGAGCAGUGUACCCCAGGUCCAAGUGGUGGAAUCCAAACUACAGAUCCAGACACUCUCCUCAUUGUUAGUGACUUUUAUCCAGCGGAGGAUAUAGUAGUGACACAAACUUCCAGAAGCCAUGGUGAGGGGGACACUAAGCAAACUGCCUCGCAGUGUUCAUCCAAUUCCAUGGAGAAAACAGCUGCUUCAAGUAAAUCCAGUUCUCUACCUAGAACUACGACGAUCUGUUCUCCACCUCAAGAAGACCAUCAAGUGCAGCACAAGUGCAGAUAGGUUGCCUGUCUGGAUUUUGUUUAUUAUUAACUGUUAUAUUUGUGUUCAAAUUCUUUGGUCUUGGUAUUCUGUAUUUUGUUGUUGUUGAUAAAGGCAUUAUUCUUGCAGAAUGCAUGAUUCAUGAAACUCCUCAAAAGUGGUCCCCCUGAAAACCAUUCCCUUCUCAAAAUAAGCAAAUUUUAAAAGUCCUGUCAAUGUCUUGUGUAUUCCUUACAUAUAAAUUCUCAAUAAUAUUGGCUACAUCAACCAGUUUUCUUUAAUUUACUGUUAACAAACAGGAAAUACUCCCACACAGAACUGGCCAGUUAGUGAUUUUGUUGGAAGUAGCACAUUUAUAUCCUCGUGGCAGGAAGUGAUCAUUACUGAUGUGGACUUUGAACUCUGCACUACUGUUGGUUAAUUCUAAUGAGUGGGAAUUGUUUUCUUACAAGAAUAUUCAGGAAUAAAUUAUAAUUAAUGAAGCCACACAGAUCCCAAGAGUUUUGUUAAGAAAUGAUGCAACAUACUCUGAAACCCAAUGUAAAUGUUGUGAAUGUUAUUCAAAAACAAACCCAUUUAGAGCGAAUGUUAUUCAAAAACAAACCCAUUUAGAGUGAAUGUUAUUCAAAAACAAACCCAUUUAGAGUGAAUGUUAUUCAAAAACAAACCCAUUUAGAGUGAAUGUUAUUCAAAAACAAAUCUUGGGGAUUGGGGUAUGCUUUGUUUCUUAUGUAUUUAGAUUUUUAAAGAUAUCGAGGAGAAUUUAAGCUACUAGAUUUGCAAUGAUUGAAAAGUAAAAGCAAUGUGUCUGCUGAAUGAAUCACUUUGUUUUUAAUGUGGACAUAAGUCAAAAUGGAAAUCAGUUUCAGAAUAUAGAUUUUUUUUAGACUGUAUAUAGAAUCAGGACUUGUUAAAAUGUUCAAUAGCAGUUAUAAAUUAUUCCAGUCUUGCCUAGCAGUAUAGCACAUUAUUAAUCACAUGUUGUAAAUUAUUCCAGUCUUGCCUAGCAGUAAGCACAUUAUUAAUCACAUGUAAUAACUGCGCCUGCAUCUCCACCUGACAUCAAAGUGAACACUACCCAUCCUGCUGUAUUUAAUUUUACACUUGAAUACCAGAGAGUCUGAUUUUUUGUUUUUAGGUAGUAAAGUCAUUUCUAAAAAAAAUUACAUAAAUCGUUGGGAUUUUUUUUUUAUAUAGUGCUAAAUAUACAUGUAUAUGCUUUGAAAUAUAUUUUCUAUUUAUUUUUUUCCUGUGUAUUAUUUUUUAGUGUAUUGAAACUACAAGUAUUAGAUGUUGUACUAAGUUUUCUUUAAAGUUAAUAAUCAUAAAUAGCAUUGAUAGUGAACCGUGAAAGCUUAGGAAAAGGUACAUAACUCACCAGUCACUCCUCCAAGCGGACCAUUUUCCUCAGUGUGACAGCUGGCUGGUAUUGAGGAGUUUCACGGUAUACAUUUUUACACAAAUAUUUUAACAACUUUUAUUCUGUAAGUAGAGUGCAAUAUCUGGAAAUCUUGACGAUGAAAGUAGUGCUAGACCAGUUUACAGUCGGUAUGAACAUUGAGUGUACAGACAGUGCACUAUAUUAGACAUUGAUUGUUAUUACAUAGAGGGAUUUGAAGGAAUAUUAUUUUUCAAUUACUGUACAAGAGAAGCCUUAGAAUGUUACUCUUUUUGUUUCUGUUGUUUAUAGUUUCAUUAUUAUAUGCUGUAAUUGUGACAGCUUGGUUAUCAUUAAAAGUUUUGAAGUUUAAAA